AUGCCCUCCAUCGACCCCAAGCCCGUCAAGAUCAACUAUGACGAGUACCUCAGCUACGAGUCCGUCCACCGCGUGCGCUCAGAGCUCAAGGCUCUUCGCCCCUACUUUGAGCUUCCGGGAAUGAUCAGCUUUGGCGGUGGCUAUCCUCAUCCCUCGACGUGGCCUAUCAACGGCAUGACUCUGAGCGUCCCGUUCGCCAAGUCGUCGGCCUUUGUCCCCGGCUACGGAGUGUCUACCCCCGAGCAGCUCCUCCCUCAGGCUCCCUACACUGCGCCGCUCAAGGGCGAGGCGCUGUCGUCGCACCUCUCGACCGAGCUGCAGUACGGCUCGCCCUACGGUGCCCACCACUUUGUCAAGUGGCUCAAGGAGCACGUCCGCCGCAUCCACAACCCCCCCAACGAGAACUGGGACGUCCUCAACACGGCUGGCAACACUGAUGCUGUCGACGGCAUCUUCCGCACGCUGUGCAACCGCGGCGACUCUCUGCUUGUCGAGGAGUUUGCCUACCCCGGUACCCUCACCACCGCCGAGACCAUGGGCAUCUCGUGCGUCGGUGUGACCAUGGACAACGACGGUAUCGACCCCACUGCUCUUGACGAGGUUAUGGAAAACUGGGACGAGGAGAAGCGCGGUUCGCGCAAGCCCCGUAUGGUCCUCAUGGUUCCUACCUGCUCGAACCCUACUGGAAGCACCACCCCCGAGUACCGCAAGCGCGAGCUCUACGCUGUAUGCCGCAAGCACAGCCUCCUCAUCGUUGAGGACGACCCUUACUGCUUCCUCCAGAUCCGCCCCAACGGUGCCGACUCGCCUAUCAUCCCCACCUUCCUCUCCAUGGACGUUGACGGCCGUGUCCUCCGUCUUGACUCGUUCUCCAAGAUUGUCGCCCCCGGCUCGCGCUGUGGAUGGCUCACUGGUCCCACAGAGCUUGUCAGCCGCGUCAUGAUGCGCUCCGAGUGCAGCACACAAUGCCCUUCCGGUUUCAGCAUUGCAGCUAUCAGCACAGUGCUCCGCGCAUGGGGCAGUCACGAGGGCUUUGAGAACAACUACCUGCCUUACAUCUCCAACAUUUACAAGGAGCGUUGCCUGUUCAUGAUCAACCUCUUUGAAAAGUACCUCCCCAAGUCGACGUGCGAGUGGCCUGAGGGCAGCGGCGGCAUGUUCCUCUGGGUCCGCCUCAAGACGGAGGCCCACCCCGAGAUUACCACAUUGUCGCCCGAGGACAUUUCCAACCGCGUGUUCAAGCAGGCCAUUGACGAGCGCGUGCUGCUCGCCCAGUCCCGCUACUUCAAGUCGGCCGGCGGCAAGGAGUGGACCAAGGAGGAGGAGGCCAAGCGUAUAUACCUUCGCUUGUGCUUUGCCAACCCCACGCUCGAGGACAUGGAGGAGGGUGUCCAGCGUUUCGCCCGUGCCCUCAAGCGCGAGUUUAAGCUCGAGUAG